AAUCAUAAUUCUACAUUGAAGGGAAAAUAGAAUCUAAGGGAGAAAAAACAGGCUUACUCUUGGGACUCUGGACCAUUAAGCAACUGUUGUGAUGGCCCUUUAUUGGAUCUUGCCCUUAAUUAAGAGGUUCGUGCAGUCUUCUGCUUGGGUUUCAAAAACCAUUAAUAAUUAGCUUUAAAUGGCAAACAAAAGGAAAAUUUCAUAAUCUGGGUGGUGUGUCCGUAGAGACUAUAAAAGUCGCAUGAUUCUUCUCAGCUCUUCAUGCACUUACUUAGUUCUUCUAAGUGGCUACACUGUCGGUGACCAGGACACAAGAAUGAGUGCUAAAAAGUCUCCUGAAGAACUAAAGAACAUUUUCCAAAAAUAUGCAGCCAAAGAAGGUGAUCCAGACCAGCUGUCCAAGGAUGAGCUGAAGCUAUUGAUUCAGGCUGAAUUCCCCAGUCUGCUCAAUGGUGCAAGCAGCCUAGAUGACCUCUUUAAAGAACUGGACAAGAAUGGAGAUGGAGAAGUUAGUUUCGAAGAAUUCCAAGUGCUACUCAAAAACAUACCCCAGUGAAAAAGAAAACAAAACAUCCUGAGCCCUGGGAAUCUCUCUGAUAAUGGAUUCACUCACACGUCUGGUUGAAUUCUUUGUGACUAUAAUGAUCUGACUGUGAGGUCCAGUUAUAGCUAAUAAAGAAAUCCUUGGAUAAGUCUCCUCUUGCUGAGUACUGACUUUUCAUAACUUAAUAGAUUUCAAAAUAAGCCACAUGCCAGUGGCUCAGUGCUGAUGGCUCACACCUCUAGUCCUACCUCCUUAGGAGAGUGAGAUCUGAGGAUAGAAGUUCAAAGUUAGACCAGGUAAGGAAAUCCAUGAGCUUAUUAUCUCCAAAUAGCAACCAGAAAACCAGAAGUGGAACUGGUGCUCAAAGUGGUAGAGCAUUAGCCUUGUGUAGAAAAACUCUGGGACAUUUCCCAGGUCCUGAGUUCAAGCCCCAGGACCAGUACAAAAAAAAUUACAAUAAUAACUUCAGUCUGAUUCAUCUAAUCUUAUAGUUUAAAAAAUGGGACUUAAGAAGUACCUCAGGGGACUGGGAAU